UGCUGUUCCCAAAUGAGCUUCCUGCCACCGUGUUCUGGCCACGUCAGUCCUGGAGGGCUGUUAGGAUGAGCUGUCCUGGUACCCAGCCUGUCUGUCAGAAAAUUACCUGAAGAGCCCAAGGCCUCCUCAUGGAUGAGUCAAAUGCGACAUCUCUUGGUGCCGAGGAAUCCAUGAACACCUCGGCAGGCAGGAACUCCUCCGCCCGGAACUCACCUCCACCCAUUCCCAUGGUGCACUGGGUCAUCAUGAGCAUCUCCCCAGUGGGGUUCGUUGAAAAUGGGGUUCUCCUCUGGUUCCUCUGCUUCCGGAUGAGGAGAAACCCCUUCACGGUCUACAUCACCCACCUGUCCAUCUCUGACAUCUCCCUCCUCUUCUGUAUUUUCAUUCUGUCCAUCGACUAUGCUUUAGAUUAUGAGCUCUCGUCUGGUCACUACUACACAAUUGUCACAUUAUCAGUGACUUUUCUGUUUGGCUACAACACGGGCCUCUACCUGUUGACAGCCAUCAGUGUGGAGAGGUGCUUGUCAGUCCUCUAUCCCAUCUGGUACCGAUGCCACCGCCCCAAGCACCAGUCGGCAUUCGUGUGUGCCCUCCUGUGGGCACUUUCUUGCUUGGUAACCACCAUGGAAUAUGUCAUGUGCAUUAACAGUGGAGAAGAGAGUCACUCUCGAGGUGACUGCCGGGCCACCAUCAUCUUCAUAGCCAUCUUGAGUUUCCUGGUCUUCACUCCACUCAUGCUGGUGUCUAGCACCAUCUUGGUGGUGAAGAUCAGGAAGAACGUGUGGACCUCACAUUCCUCCAAGCUGUACAUUGUCAUCAUGGUCACCAUCACCAUCUUCCUCAUCUUUGCCAUGCCCAUGAGGCUCCUCUACCUGCUGUACUAUGAAUACUGGUCCACGUUUGGGAACCUGCAUAAUAUCUCUUUGCUUUUCUCCACCAUCAACAGCAGCGCCAACCCUUUCAUCUAUUUCUUUGUGGGCAGCAGCAAGAAGAAGCGUUUCAAGGAGUCCUUAAAAGUGGUUCUGACCAGGGCGUUCAAAGAUGAAAUGCAACCCAGGCGCCCGGAGGACAAUGGCAAUACCGUCUCCAUCGAGACCGUCGUCUGAGGCCUGUGGGGGGGAUUUGUGGAAAGAAAUGUUGGGCCACAAGUG